CACCAGACCCCAACACCUCCACCACCACACGCCCUCACCUCCACCAUCGACGUCAACCUUACGGCCACCACAGCAGACACAAUGGCGACGUCCCUCCGCACGCUGCAACUCCGCGCCGCCCCCAGCGCACGCCUCGUCGCGCCCCGAGUCGCCGCAUUCUCCACCACCUCCCGCACGCUGCAGGCCCUCCCGCGGACACCCCGCAUCGGCGCCGCCACAACCUGGGAGAAUGGCGAGUCUGCGCUCGACAAGGCCGGCAAAUUCUUCCUCAUGACGGAGAUGUUCCGAGGAAUGUACGUCGUCAUCGAGCAGUUCUUCCGACCACCGUACACGAUCAUGUAUCCCUUCGAGAAGGGCCCCAUUUCGCCACGGUUCCGCGGCGAACAUGCGCUCCGCAGAUACCCCACCGGCGAGGAGAGGUGCAUUGCUUGCAAGCUUUGCGAGGCGGUCUGCCCCGCGCUGGCGAUCACCAUCGAGGCGGAAGAGAGAGAGGAUGGGUCGAGGCGGACGACCAGAUACGAUAUCGACAUGACGAAGUGUAUCUACUGCGGUUUCUGCCAGGAGUCAUGCCCCGUCGACGCAAUCGUUGAAUCGCCAAACCAAGAAUAUGCCACCGAGACCCGCGAAGAACUGCUCUACAACAAGGAGAAGCUCUUGGCUAACGGAGACAAGUGGGAGGUUGAGUUGGCUGCUUGCAUCAAGGCGGACUCUCCCUACAGAUAAAUGCUCGCUCGCGGAUGGAAAUCUACAUGCAUGCGUUGGGGUACGGAGAGGUGAAGCUGUUGUACUUCUAGAUUUUAGACUAGACGGGACAGCGGUGCGGCAAGGGAGGUCGGCGACGGUUUUGCAUCAUCCAAAUUUAUCUGGCGGUUCCACACAAAAAACAAAUGAAGUUGAUAUCCCGC